AUGCUAGUGCGGCAGCAAAUGAUGGAGACAACAUAGAAGACCGCUUGACCAGAGCAAAUCGGGAACGUUCGGAACAAGGUUCAGGGGAAGUCGAGUUGAGCUACGGAGGAGAAGAGGAUUUGAAGCACCAUUUCAAAGCUUGCCAGAAGAAUCCAGGCCACUUGGAGUUUUUCAGUGUUGAUCAAUUUACCAUCCAUUGUCUCCCUUCCAGAUAUCAAGACGAUGACUUGUUGGACUUUAUCCGCGCUUUGUCGAAUCUGACUGUUCGCGUAACGGUAACGAAAGUUAGUGAUAAACGGCCUAAGACUUACCCUGGGACUGAUGAGACAUACCCUUGCUAUUCUGACAGAGGGAAUAGUUUACUGAGAACAGGCACUGGUUGGGUCUCUGGGGUGAGAAAGCGCACUGGUACGAAAGGUACAUCAGGUUGUACAUGCAGAGAAUGCCGUUGGUCUGCUGAGGCUGAAAGAACGUUUGCAUACAUUGACAUCAAUACUACCAGUAUAGUUGUCUUUGAUGACAUAGAGGGCGUUUACACCAGCUGUGAUCUAUUUUUUGAUAAAGAUACAACGCUGAGUGAAUGUCAAGAUGUCAUCACGCUUAGCGGAAUGUCAAGUGUGAAGAGUGACAUUACCAGUAACACGUGUCUGAUGACUUACGUCACUCAUGACAUGGCUUUGGCUGAGAGACUACUCAACAUGUGCCAACAAAACCAGACUGCUCAUAAGGUACUUAUGGACAAAUACAGCAAUGACAGAGACAGCAGAAUUUCCAGUUCUUUUCGUCCUGGUUUCCUGCCCGAACCAGAGCAUUCACUGACAGUUAUAGUGUCUCAUCCUCAUGGGCGUAGCAAACAGAUCAGCGUGGGUGGGUACACCAAGCGUGAGACCAUUAAGACAAUCUGGAGCCAGUACACGUAUUCUACGGCCACUUGCCCGGGCUCCAGUGGAGCACUUGUCUACGUCUUAGGAAACAGCAAGUUGGUGGUUGAUCACGCUCAUGUUGGAUGUCGUGGAAGCGUUAACAAACUCGGAUACAGCAGCUAUGGAGUCGAUUAG